AAUUCAUGUAUGGUGUAGUCUUGGGAUGCUCGUCUCCUGAUGGACGCUCUCUGGCUGUGAAAUGUCCAGAUAUCAGCACUCACCCGGCCGGAACCAAGAAGGUCCGGCAGGUGCUCUCCAGACCUGGAGUUUUGGAGAGGUUCUUCCCAGACCAGCCCCAAGUAGUGGAGCAGAUCAGAGCAACAUUCGCUGGCUUCUACACUCUAGACAUGGGUCCAGAGGGUGACCGGUCAGUGGCCAUGGCUUUGGCCAACCCAGCUGAGUUUGUCCUGAAGCCUCAGAGAGAAGGAGGAGGGAACAAUUAUUUUGGAGAGGACAUUGUUGGAGUACUACAGGAGGUUAAAAGUGACCAAAGGAGAGCUGCGUAUAUUCAGAUGGACCGGAUCCAUCCCAGAAUCAACCCAAACAUUUUAGUGAAGAGAGGACUUCCACUCACACUCACCUCUGUUUGUAGUGAAUUAGGUGUAUACGGAGCCUAUGUGAGGCAUGGAGGAGAAAUGGUCCUCAAUGAGGCUGUCGGUCGCAUUUUGAGGACAAAGAACGUCGAACACAAUGAUGCGGGAGGAUAUACAGGAAAUUGUGUGUUCGACAGUCCCCUCGUCAUCUGAACACUCCUGCUGGUAUCCAUCUAUCUAUGGAGUUGCAGGUUUUCUAUAUUGAAUUGCAGCAGAUUGCAGUUCCACUGGCUGAACACUGGGUGGCAGUAAAACCAAAGGCAUGUUUUCCACAUACAGUAAACAACAGCGGUAGAUCAGCAGAGUUCAUACCAGGUAAACAAGGCUGCAGACUUUAUAGGAGUUUGUGUAUGUCAACAGUAUACACACAUACUGUUUUUUUUUUUUUUUACUUUGACUUAAUUGUUGUGAAGAUUUUACACCUAUAAUGUCAAACAUUCACUUAAAAUAGGAGCUGUAUACAGUGGUGAAGGACGUACUCAGGUCUUUUAUGGGCUGGAAAAUGAGGUUAGGUUAGGGAAAAGAUCCUGGUGUGGGUUAAAAUAAGUACAGGUGCAAUACUUGGGUAGGGUUAGGGAAAAGAUCAUGGUGUGGGUUAAAGUAAGUACAGGUGCAAUACUUGGGUAGGGUUAGGGAAAAAAGGUGAUUUGGGUUAAAAUAACUACGGAGGUGGCGUAACUUAAGUACGGGGGUCACGUAACACAUGAGUCAACAUUGACUUCUGGUUUCACACGGGACAGGA